UGAUUCGUCGAGCCUUACAGCCGGGGGGAAAAUUUGUGAAUGGCCUCAAACUGACACAGCUGUGUAAUGAUCUAUAAUGUUUUAUCAGCACUUUAGCAGAUUUUAUUCUUGUUUUAUGUGACAUUGUUAAGGAUUGGAUUGUAACGGGGACGACAUGUCGGCCGCUGAAGGUGCUCGCAGUCCAGACCAGCUGAAUACAUUCGAAAAGCUGACAGGCAGGCCGCCGCACGGUGAAACGUUAGCAGGUCAUCGUACACCUCCAGCCCGUAGUGGGCAUCGCUGUGUUGCUGACAAUACAAACCUCUAUGUUUUUGGAGGGUACAAUCCUGACUAUGAUGAGUCAGGAGGCUCAGAAAAUGAAGACUAUCCACUGUUCAGAGAGCUUUGGAGGUACCAUUUUGCCACAGGCUGCUGGCAGCAGAUUCGAACAGAGGGCUACAUGCCCACAGAGCUGGCAUCAAUGUCAGCUGUUUUGCACGGCAACAACCUCCUGGUGUUUGGCGGGACUGGGAUCCCCUUUGGUGAAAACAAUGGCAACGAUGUUCAUGUUUGUAAUGUAAAAUACAAACGCUGGUCACUACUCAACUGUCGGGGAAAGAAACCCAAUAGAAUCUAUGGACAGGCAAUGGUUAUUAUAAACGGGUUCCUGUAUGUGUUUGGAGGGACAACAGGGUACAUUUACAGCACAGACCUGCACAGGCUGGACCUGACCACCCGGGAAUGGAUCCACCUCAAACCUAACAACCCUCCUGAUGAUCUGCCUGAGGAAAGGUACAGGCAUGAAAUAGCACAUGAUGGACAGAGGAUCUACAUUCUAGGAGGAGGAACCUCCUGGACAUCUUACCCUCUGGACAAGGUACAUGCUUACAAUCUUGAGACCAAUUCCUGGGAGGAGAUCACAACUAAACCUCAUGAAAAAAUAGGGUAUCCUGCUCCUAGGAGAUGUCAUAGCUGUGUGCAAAUACGAAACGAUGUAUUUAUCUGUGGAGGCUACAAUGGGGAAUUAAUAUUAGCAGAUCUGUGGAAGAUCAACCUGCAGACUUUCCAGUGGAGUAAAUUACCAGCAGUGAUGCCAGAACCUGCCUACUUCCACUGUGCUGCUGUCACCCCAGCUGGCUGUAUGUAUAUCCAUGGUGGAGUGGUGAACAUCCAUGAGAACAAGAGAACUGGCUCUCUAUUUAAGAUCUGGCUGGCAGUGCCCAGUCUGCUUGAGCUGUGCUGGGAGAAGCUCCUCAAAGCUUUUCCCCACCUGACUUCACUCCCUGCCAUGCAGCUGCUCAACCUGGGCCUCACACAGGAACUCAUUGAACGCUUGAAGUAGGCUGCACAAAGGAGGACAGACGAAUGAUUGAAAGGGAUGAUCUGGGCUGGAAUGGGAGGUGACGGGGUCUGACAGAGCACAGAAAUUAAUUCACAACAAAAGUCUCGGGAAAAUACCCUCUCCCUCUCCCCUGCCUAACGUAGCCCGCCUUAAAACCAAAAACAAUGGGAUGCCUUUUUUGGUUGUUUUUGUUCUCAUUUUUCGCCGUUACAGUGAUGAUGAUUACAAUGAAAAUAAAUGCGGAAUGGAUUUUACUCAGCUCCCCUGCCACCUUUGUUCCUUACACGAUGCCUUUGUGUCAAGCUAAGUAGAAAUUCUGCUUCUCAUCCUUCGAACUGUGACAACGGGAAAUACUUUAUUUUUAUCAUGUCAUGUGUCAAAGACAGUCCCCUCCUUUUUAAAUCAGCCUUGUGUAGGACUUUUAUGAAUUCUGUGCAAAGGGAUUGGAGGGUUCUUUUAAAAACUGCCCAAAUGUGUGUGUGGGGGGGGGGGGAAUGAUGGCAUUGUUGUGAAGCUGUGGUGAUGAUGAUUUAUUUAGCAUGCUUCCCAGUGCAAACAAGUGUCCAAGGAAAAUAUUUACAAAAAUACAACAAAAAGGCAGAAAAAAAACAAACAGUUUUUUAUUUUCAAUUUAGAGUUUUGCCAUAACUCCAUUCAACAAAAAACUCACACUCAAAUUCACUGUUACCUACUCCUGUAACAAAUAACACUGGCUGAAAGUUUUCCCUGAGGUCUUCGUCAAAGUGCUUGAGAUGGGCUUCUGCCCUCAGGCACCAUAGCUCCUCCAGCGAGCCUUUCUCUUUCCCCUAUUGGGCUGUCAGGAAGUCUCUCAUUUGGGACAACACUUGACCUCCUGAUGCACCUGAAAGACUUGGACAGGCUGGGGUUGGGACUCGUCCUCCUCUAAUGAGAAUUAUUUUUUGGUAACCCACGCCAGCUCAGCAUCACCUGCAACAGUCUCAGUCUCCUGCUGUACCCGUUGGGAGCGAAGAUUUGUUCACGUCCUUGGAAGGUGAGCCACCUUCUUCUGACUAGCCCAUCCCACUUCCCACUUCUGACACCAAAUGAUGCGGCAUUUCCAAAACAAUGCCAUCAUUUUUUCCCACACAUUUUUGAGCAGUUUUUAAAGAACCCCACAACAAAGAAUGCAUGUGUAUUUAUUUGGAAAGACUAAAUCUAUUUUCCUGGGGUAUUCUCUUCACCUGAUACAGCUAUUUGCACACUUUGUCUUUCAUAUUUAUAGCUGUUUACUUUUUAAAUAAAUCCUAAAGGUAAUGAGUUCUCUAAUAGCUUCAGUCUCAAAGCUGGUGGUCUGGUGGUGCUUUUUAAAAUUUGUUGUCAUUUCACUACAAAUGACUGUAUGACUGAUGACAGCUUCUCAAAACAUUCUGUUUCAGAUUUGUGAAUGUAUUUUUUUUUUUUUUUUUUUUUUUUUUUUAUAACUUCAUCUUAAAAAUAAUGUUCCAGCAGCUUAAACCCUGACUGAAGUGGUUUAUUACUGAUUUUCAUUUCAGUUCUCAAUUGAAAUUGUGUAUUCACUGCUGUAUUGCAUCCUCACCUUAAAACACUGACAUGGUCUGAAGAAAUCAAAAAGGCUUGGGAAAUAAUCAAGACAAAUAUUGUAUUUGUUGUGAAAUGGCUAUAACACACAGGAUAAACAUGCUCUAUUAUUGUCUAAAGAAAAUUCAAAGCUGGUUUUCCUUUAUCUGAGCCCUUGUAUUUCUUGUACAUUAUAUUGAACGUUGUGUUACAGAGUCAUCUGCAAAAAAAAGGUCAGUUGAAGGUGGGUAUCUUCAAGACAAAAGUAAUUUAAUUUCCAUCCUGUUUACUAUUCUCAUCUGUAACCAUGCAACACAUCACUGUGAAUCUGGUGCUCUUUAAAAUUAAUUUAAAUGAUUUUAUUUGAAUAAAGACUUAAUUCUA